GGGUCGCGAGAAGUUUUACCCCCUUUAAAGAUGGUGGCGAUCAUUACAGCCGAUUAGACAGCUGCCUUCCCGGCGGAGGCCUCUCAGUUGGCAACCUUUGCCCGGAUCCAAAAUGGCGCCACUUCCAAACCACUUCCCCUCUCGUCUCCGCCAAGCGGGUCCACAUUUUCCCGGACCUCACUUCCGCUUGUGCAGCAGCCAUUUUGUCUUUCCGUUGAUCCUGCUGCCCGAGCUUCUUCCUCCCACCCGUCGCCGCGGACUGCGAAACUCCAGUUCCACCCCCGAGGGCCCGACUCCCUCCUGCUUCGGGUCUUUCCCUCACCCGCCCCCCGCCUUUCCUCUUCGUCUUCCUAUUUGUGUCUCCCCCUCCCCCUCCUCCGGUCAGGUUCGCGGUCUAAUACCUGUCACAGGAGGGCCCCUCCCCACUUCACCUGCCCCCAAGCAAAGCUCUCCCACCCGGGGACUCACCUGCGAGGGGCCGCAAAUGCGCGGCGCCCCCGCCCCCCCGCUAGCAGCACCCCUCUUCCCGGACGGCCCAGCCGCCCCUGCCCGCCUGCCAUGUCGAGCGAGGAGAGCUACCUGGCCAUCCUGCGCUACCUGACCAACGAGCGCGAGCCCUACGCGCCGGGCACCGAAGGCAACGCCAAGCGCAAGAUCCGCAAGGCCGCCGCCUGCUACGUCGUGCGCGGUGGCACCCUCUACUACCAGCGCCGGCAGCGGGACCAGCAGCGCUUCGCCGAGCUCGAGGUGGUGCUGCAGGCCGAGCGCCGCGCCCGACUCAUCCGGGCGGCGCACCUGGAGGCCGACGGCACCCACCGCACCCGCCUGCAGACAUGGCAACGCCUCUCCCGGCGCUACUGGUGGCGAGGUAUUCUAAAGCAAGUUAAGGAUUACAUAAAAGAAUGUAGUAAGUGCCAGGAAAAAUUAGAUCGUUCCAGAUCCUUGUCAGAUCCUUCUGAAAUGCUGGAAGAGCUUGGAUUAGAAACAGUAUUGCCUGAAGACAGUAAUGAAACAGAUGAGGAAUUAAAUAACUCUGCGUCACUGCCUGCUGCGUCACCAAAACCUGUGAAAAAGAAGCCAAUAGCCAAACAUGAGCUUGUAUUUGUUGAUAGUAAAGGUCUUGUGAAACAGUCUUCUUCAAAACAUUCUCUGUCGGUCUUGAAUCAGCUGAAUCAACAGCGGCUUUCCAAUCAAUUCUGUGAUGUUACUUUGCUCAUUGAAGGAGAAGUAUUCAAAGCACACAAGUCUGUUUUGGCAGCUAAUAGUGAGUACUUCAGAGAACUCUUUAUCGAAAAGGGAGCUGUUUCCAGUCAUGAAGCUGUAGUGGAUCUUUCAGGGUUUUGCAAGGCCAGUUUCCUGCCUUUACUGGAAUUUGCUUAUACCUCAGAGUUGACUUUUGAUUUCUGUAACAUGGCAGAAGUAGCUGUGCUGGCUCGACAUCUCUUCAUGACAGAAGUCCUAGAAAUAUGUGAAAAUGUGCACAAGCAAAUGGAAGACAAACAAAUCACGGUGUAUCAGAAAGGGGACGUUCAAGUAGUCGAGGUAGCUCAGAAUCUUCUAGAGGAGACUGAAAAUGGGGCAAACCCUGCAGAUGAAAAUGGGGCAAACCCUGCAAAUGGGGAUGAGCAGCCUUCAACCACAGAAGAUGCAGUCACGACUAUGAAUGGAGCAUGUUCAAGCACUGAAAUGGAAGAGGUGGCUGUGUCGGAGGCUGCCCUGCAAACUGCACCAGAACCUCCCGUGGAGAUCCCUCCAGAGCCUACAGUGCAUUCUGCUGAUAAAGAAGCAGUUGAAAGUAAUGCAAAACCCCCAGCAGAGGAAUGUACCCCAGAUCAGAGCGUAUCUGUGGAGCAGACCGAGCUUUCGGUAGAGCCGCCUGAGCCUUCACAGCAAGAAGUCAUCACCACUCAGGCAGAAAGUGAAGCUGAUAAAAAUGUAAGCAGUGAACAGAACAUAAGCAGUGAAGCGACUGCAGGUGCUGCUGGUGCUGCUGAAGAUGUCCAGGAAGGCCUUAAGCGAAAACGUGGGAGGCCAUGUAAAACACAGAGCAUUUCACUGUCACAGUCAGAGACCACCGUUUCCAGUCUGGACGACACUUACAAAAGCAAGCUUCGCCAAAGGUCUGUUAGUGAAGGUGGCUAUAUCAAAUUGCACAAGGGCAUUGAGAAGAAACUGCAGAAUAGAAAGCCAGCUGCCAAAUCAGCCAUUCAGCAGGUUGCUAUGAAGCUAGUGCAAAGAGGCAAAAAGAUGAAGCAGCCCAAGAGAGAGACUACAGAGCACAGUGAGGCAGAAGCACAGCACAAAUGCAAUGAGUGCGGAAUGAUUUUUCAGAGACGUUAUGCCCUUAUAAUGCACACAUUGAAACAUGAAAGGACGAAAAAUUAUAAAUGUCCGCUAUGCAAGAAAGAGUUCCAGUAUGGCGCAUCAUUACGAGCUCACCUUGUUCGUCACACCCGAAAAAACGAAGUGACUGUUGCAGCUGCUAGUAUUGAAGAGAGUGGCACAGCUGCAAAGGGCAGAACUAAACGGGAGUUUAUAUGUGAUAUAUGUGGAAGAAGUUUACCUAAACUCUAUUCAUUGAGAAUUCAUAUGCUGAAACAUACAGGUGUAAAGCCACAUGCAUGUAAGAUUUGUGGUAAGUCAUUCACUUACAAGCAUGGUUUAAAGAUGCACCUUGCACUUCAUGAGGCACAGAAACAGUUUAAAUGUGAAUUGUGUGAUAAGUCUUUUGUCACAAAACGAAGCCUUCAGGAGCAUGUGAGCAUUCACACAGGAGAAUCAAAAUACUUUUGUUCACACUGUGGAAAAUCUUUCCAUAGAGCUUCGGGACUUAGUAAGCAUAUAAAGAAGCACCAGCCAAAACCCGAAAUUCGUGGAUAUCAGUGUACUCAAUGUGAGAAAAGUUUCUAUGAACCUCGGGAUCUCCGGCAACAUAUGAAUAAGCAUCUUGGGGUGAAACCAUUCCAGUGCCAAUUUUGUGGGAAGUGCUACAGUUGGAAGAAAGAUUGGUAUUCUCAUGUGAAAUCCCAUUCUGUUACAGAUCCUUACAGGUGCAAUGUGUGUGGCAAAGAAUUCUAUGAGAAAGCUUUGUACAGAAGGCAUGUCAAAAAAGCUACUCAUGGGAAGAAAGGGAGAGCAAAACAAAACUUGGAACGGAUUUGUGAACAUUGUGGGAGGAAAUUCACUCAGCUUCGGGAGUACAGAAGACACAUGAAUAACCAUGAGGGAGUUAAGCCCUUUGAAUGUCUAACUUGUGGAGUGGCCUGGGCUGAUGCACGUUCCUUAAAGCGCCAUGUGAGAUCUCAUACUGGAGAGCGGCCUUAUGUUUGUCCAGUGUGCAACGAAGCCUAUAUAGAUGCCCGUACCUUAAGGAAGCAUAUGACCAAAUUCCACCGUGAUUAUGUACCUUGUAAAAUUAUGCUGGAAAAGGACACACUUCAGUUUCAUAAUCAGGGGACACAAGUAGAACAUGCCAUCAGUAUUUUAACGUCUGAUGCAGCAGAACAAGAAACAGAGAUGUGCGGUGAAGAAAUUGAGACAGUUGUAGUAACUGAAGAAACUCUUGAAGCUGUUGCAGCUACCGAAGAGUGUACAACAGUUUCUACUCUUUCUGACCAAAGUAUCAUGCAGGUAGUCAAUUAUGUAUUGGCACAACAGCAAGGACAGAAAAUGGCUGAGGUUACAGAAGCUAUUCAGACUGUAGAAGUAGAGGUAGAACAUGUUUCUGAUCAGGACUGAACAUACAUGCUGUUUAAUGCAGAAGAUGACCUGGAUGGAACUGCAUGCAGUUAUCAAAUUAUUAAUAAGAAUGGUUGGACUUGUAUAGUAAAGCAGUAGUUCCAGAGCCAUGUUCUGAAUUUCUUGGCUGAGCAAUACCAACUGGUGUAAUUAAAAUUGGAGACCUGCAGCAUAAACCAUGGGCUUGUACUAAGAUUACAGCAUCCACUAAUUGUAAUCACUUCAUUAAAAAAGUAAUCUAAAAAUAAAAUCUUCUAUGUGAUGGUGGUAGAUAUGCUGUAUUCUUUUUUGACUGGAGUUUUUUAAAAAUACAGCCAUUUUGUUAAUUGGAGUAAUUCAUUAUACCAAAGAGUUGUGCCAAGUUAUUUUAAAAUUCAAAGAUGAUAGCCAUUCUUACUCAUAAGGCACACUGAAGACCAGGAUGGGGCUGUGCUUUUAAAGCUAAUUAUAAAUCAUCUGUUGAUUCAGGCGAAUAUUGUGGUCAUAGGUGUGACUGUGUAAGGUAGGCAGUCUGACAUGUUUAUUUGUUCAUAUCUCUGCAAAGCUUUUUUUGUACUAAAGCCUAACAUACACAGAUGGUGUAAAGCUACAAUUUUCUGUGGAAAUUAAGUUGUAAUCAAGUAUGAUCUUUGCAAAGUGUGCUAAGUGGGAGGCAGUCUCACAGGGAAACUACUAUAAAUGAAUGUAUAAAUUCCUGCACUUCCCUUUUUGUUGUCUUUUGCAUAAUUUAAGUUCUUGAGAUAAGUAGAACAUGUUUGUACAUUAUUUAUAGUAACCUUUGUGGAAUUAUGCUGUAUUUAAAGAAAUAUAAAUCAACAAGAACUAAAGAAUAAGAGCAGUAUUGUAUAUGUGAAAACAUUUUUCAACAGUAAGAAUUUGGGCUCACAUGGUUGUCCGUUGUUAUGUAAUAUGCAAUCAUGACAGACUUAGGGGUCCAAAACAUAAUUUAUUUUUGGGAAAACAAGGGUAUAAGAUACAAAAAUAAAUACUAAUAUUCCAAUUGACUGGUCCUUUAUCAAAACAGAAGACUGCAUCUAUAAAUAUAUAUGAACUACUCCCCUAAAAUUAGUUGAAGCCAACUACUACAUAUUUUAGUGAUAAGAACUUAUACCUUUUAAAAAAGGAAUUCUCCAUUGUUUUGAGUUGAGCUGUUUAGAACAAACUGACUGAACCAACACUUUGAAGCCUCUU